UUUCUAUUUUUUUUUUUCCUCCCCUAUAUCCCCGAACUGACUGACAAUCCCGACAGUCUUGUGUCCAGCAGCAUGACCUCCAUGUCCAGCCUGUUCUCCUUCACCAGCCCGGCGGUCAAGCGGCUGCUCGGCUGGAAGCAGGGCGACGAGGAGGAGAAAUGGGCCGAGAAGGCGGUGGACGCGCUGGUGAAGAAGCUGAAGAAAAAGAAGGGCGCCAUGGAGGACCUGGAGAAGGCGCUGAGCUGUCCCGGUCAGCCCAGCAAAUGCGUCACCAUCCCCAGAUCGCUGGACGGUCGUCUCCAGGUGUCACACAGGAAGGGCCUCCCCCACGUCAUCUACUGCAGGGUGUGGCGCUGGCCGGACCUGCAGUCGCACCAUGAGCUCAAGCCGCUGGAAGUGUGCGAGUAUCCGUUUGGCUCCAAGCAGAAGGAGGUCUGCAUCAACCCGUAUCACUACAAGCGAGUAGAGAGCCCUGUUCUCCCACCGGUCCUGGUACCGAGGCACAGCGAGUUCAACCCGCAGCACAGCUUGCUCGUACAGUUUCGCAACCUCACCCACAACGAGCCGCACAUGCCCCUGAACGCCACCUUCCCAGACUCCUUCCCGCAGCCGCACAGCGGCAGCAACAGCAACGGAGGAGGAGGAGGUGGAGGAGGCGGCGGCGGCGGCGGCUCUUUCCCCAUUUCUCCCAAUUCCCCCUACCCUUCCUCUCCAGCCAGCAGCGGUACCUACCCCAACUCUCCUGCCAGCUCGGGGCCCUCCAGUCCAUUCCAACUCCCAGCUGACACCCCGCCCCCAGCCUACAUGCCCCCGGAGGAGCAGCUGGUCCAGGACAGCCAGUCCAUGGAAACGAGCAGCAGCAUACCUAGAGACGUGCAGCCGGUGGAGUACGAAGAGCCGAGCCACUGGUGCUCCAUUGUCUACUACGAGCUCAACAACCGCGUCGGCGAGGCCUACCACGCCUCGUCGACCAGCGUGCUGGUGGACGGCUUCACCGACCCGUCCAACAACAAGAACCGCUUCUGCCUCGGACUGCUGUCCAACGUCAACCGCAAUUCCACCAUCGAGAACACCCGCAGGCACAUCGGCAAGGGGGUGCACCUGUACUACGUGGGAGGGGAGGUGUACGCCGAGUGCCUCAGCGACACCAGCAUUUUCGUCCAGAGUCGCAACUGUAACUUCCACCACGGCUUCCAUCCCACCACCGUGUGCAAGAUCCCGAGCGGGUGCAGCCUGAAGAUUUUCAACAACCAGGAGUUCGCUCAGCUGCUGGCCCAGUCGGUGAACCACGGCUUCGAGGCCGUCUACGAGCUCACCAAGAUGUGCACCAUCAGGAUGAGCUUUGUCAAGGGCUGGGGAGCCGAGUACCACCGACAGGAUGUCACCAGCACCCCCUGCUGGAUCGAGGUGCACCUGCACGGGCCUCUGCAGUGGCUGGAUAAAGUGCUGACACAGAUGGGUUCGCCUCUCAACCCCAUCUCCUCUGUGUCCUAAUAACAGACUUGUGGGAGAUUUAGAAGACCUUUUUAUCUUUUUGGUUUCUUUUAUAAUUUUUUCUUUUUUUUUUUUUUUUUUUUUUAUCCCCUUUUUACAUUGAUUUGUAAUUUAAAGCUGUCUUAAUGGCUGAACUGUUUACACUUACCUUGGGAAGGGAUGUAAAGCUCUCGCAGGAAUUCAUCAACGGUCUCAGCCAGAAACCAUUUCAUUUAAAUAUAAAAAAACUAAUAUUGCAAGAAAACACCAGGACACAGAGCAGACUGAAGUUACAUGGACACACUACUGCUCGACAACGCCGCAGCAUGGAACAACCUAGGCCUGAAUCUGUCAAAUGAUAAUUAGGCAUGGGUUAAAUUGCUGUUUUUUUUAAACUUUUUCUUUAUUUGUAGUUUAUAAUUAAGCAGAGGACGGUUUCACAGCUCUGCUUCAUCUGCCGGAGAGUUUGAAAAUCUAUGAAACACUUUUCUUACAUCGUCUCUGUCAGUUAAGAGAUGGACACAGUUAUGUUUACCAGUAGUCUGAUAUAACAAAUGCUUUUUUUUAUAGUCUACUGCUAGAAAUGAACACUGUGCUACUGCUUUUAACAAAGUUCUGUAUGCCAAUGUGAUAGUUUUUAUUUUUUGUUUGUUUCUUUUGAUAUGGGAGAUCACUGAACAAGUAAAACAUGCCGUAAGCUAACAUUUUUAAUGUUGCAUCUGUUGCCAUAGAGGUAGAUAUUGUGAAAACACAACAUGAGCACCACCAUUAUUGAGGCUUGUUUGUACUCUCAAGUUUAAGUAAGAGUGGCUGUAUUUUCCAGACUCACUGUAUUAACAAUAUUGUGCACUCAUAGAUUUUCUUUUUUUUUUUUUUUUUUUUUUGUGGAGGCAUAUUAAAUUUUGACUUGGGUACCAAGGCAUUAUGUUAAUUCACUUUAUUAGCUCCAUGAAAUAAAAAAAAAGGUAUUUGUAAAUGGUUCUGUCUCUGUACUCGAGUCAGCUUUAAUUUCCUAAUGUGUGUAAUAUUAACACUGUGGACGUUUUUGGGGGGGGGUUUAUACCUCCUCCAUACUUUGUUUUUUAAACCCUACAUCAGACGUUGUCAUGACAGAAUCAUAAAAAUUAAAAGGCAGCCCAUGUGACGUCGAAACACUUGAGUACAUAACGCUGGAGGCUUUUGUUUGCUGUGAUCUAACCUACAAAUAUGGCGUCCUUAUUGGUCAAUAAAGGAGUGUAUUUGCAGUGUACUCUAGAGCAUAUGCCGUUUGGUUGACCAAACAUUAUUAUGGUUAAUAAAGUCACUAGAAGCAGCAAGGGAAAAUUGGAGGAAGUUUAUGUUUAAAACUCAGGAAAGAAGACACCCAUUCCUGUACAGACAAUUCUGGCUGAUGCAAAUCUACAAAGUUUCAUACAUGAUAUAGAUAACCUGGUGGAUGGAAACUACCCUGAGAGUGUGGAAAACUAUCGUUUAAAAAAAAAAUGCACUAGAGAACGACCUGGCAAUCAUGAAAUGGAUUGCAAAUGACUCAGACUUCCCACUAAACAAACUGGAGAUCCAAGGGAAUCACUGCCCUGUGCACAAUAAUGAACAACAAAAUCUUAAGUGAUUUUGAAACACUCCAGAGAAAAUAUUCUUUGGACAAACAGGACUUAUAUUGAUAUUUACAAAUAAGAAACUCUGUUAACUUAAAAAUUGGGCCAGUUACUGACAACAAUAUAAACCUAAUGGAAAUUUGUAUUAAUGCCUAUAAAUUGAAAAUUAUUUAAUUUAUCUAUAAAAACCUAAUGGAUCUCAAACACAAUUCAACCCUACAUAUCAAAGCAAGAUGGAAGAGAGAGGACAAUUUGACAAUAAUGUGGAGAUACCAAUAGACAUAUAAUAAAUCUCUGGCAAAAUUUUGGAUGGAAAAAUCUGGUAAGAUUCUUUAUCACACCUGCUCAGAAACGCCACUAUGAUGGAAAUCCUCCAGCAUGUUGGAGAAAAUGUAGAAAUCAAAACGCAAACCAUCAUCAUGUCUUCUGGACUGUCCAAUAAUAAAGGAUUACUGGAAAGAGAUAAAUAGGGCCUUACAAGGUAUUUUCAAGCAGAACAUUCCUUUGGAGAUCAAGCGUAUGUAUUUUGGCAUAAUUCCUCAAGAAGCUUCAAAAAGAAAGAAAUAUUUGAUGACUAUUUUAUUAAUAGCAAGUAAGAAAAACUUUACAAGACAAUGGUUAUCACAAGACAAACUAACUUUAGACGAGUGGAUCGACAUAACCUUUAAUAUGCAUAAAAUGGAAACAAUAACAGCCUCUCAAUCACAAGACUGGAUAAUUCUGUCAUUGGUGGCAGAUUUGGGUCGACUAUGUAAAACUAAAAAGAUCUGAUUUCAUUUUUAGAGACCAAACGUGAUUAAAUCUCUUCUACAAUCCACUCUCCUUUUACAGCCAUACUUCAUAAUUACUUUAUACUAUGUCUUUUGUUGAUGUAUUUUUUAUUUUUUUUUGGUGGUUUGCUUUUUACAUUUCUAACUUAAUUUUUUCUCUUUCUUUGGUUUCUUCUUUCAAACUGUCUUUACUCCUUGCUUUAUAAUCUUUCUCAGGGAAGUGAAGUUGGAUUUUUGUUUUGACUGUUAUAAUGCAAUGGUCUACUUGUCCACCUUAUUUCAAAUGUUGAAGUUAGUCUUGUGAUGUAGAGGCCAAAGUUUAUGUAAAUGAUACUUUCUUGAGAAUCAAUAAAGAUAAUAUAUAUA